AUGGAGGCUGAGGAGGAGGAGGUGCCGAUGGAGAUAGCAGAUGCGGAUGCUACGGAGGAUGCGGGGGAUGAGUGCUACAGCAUCACGUCGGAGAUGAAGGCGGUUGAGGCGGCGCUGCAGGACGUCAUUGACUCUCCGCAUGACAACGAUAAGCGAGAGUGGCUCUUCGAUCGAAUUCUACGCGUCAAGGUCAAGCGGGAAAACCAGCUGCAGCAAGUAAUAUCCGACAAUCGGCAGCUGACGAAGGAGAUCGCCAGGCUGAGAGCCAGUACGGGCAGGCGGCGGGGCGGCGGUGGUGCGACCCCGCCCGCGGCCCCGCCCGACAACGACGUGCAGCAGCAGCAGCAGCAGCAGGACUGGGAGCGGGUGACUGAGCGUCUGCAGGCGGAGAAUCAAAGCCUCGUCGCCGAGAACACACGGCUGCAGGCGGCCGUCGCCGAGAUGGCCGAGACGAUCGAGCAUCUGUCCGUUGCCGCCGGCAAUGCGCGUAGCAACGGCGACGCCUAG